UUGAGUAUUGAAUGAGAGACUGAUUUGAAUGCAAAUAAUGGUAUCAUUGAAGCGAUGAUAACAAUGAGAGACGUGAACACCAGUUAUAUAAACAAUACGCCGAACACUAUCACCAAUCAUGGACUCAAUCCAGAGGAUCCAUUAGUGUCAUCAUUAUCUCUGCCGACGAGUCAGUACGUCAAGAGGUGUGUCAUCAUCCAGAAGGACGAGAAUGGCUAUGGCCUGAGGGUUAGCGGAGAGUCACCCGUCUAUGUGGACAGUGUCCGAGAAGGAGGCGCCGCCUGGAGAGCCGGUGUGAGACCCGGCGAUGAGAUAAUCAAAGUAUCGGGAACUCUGGUCACUCGUCUACAUCACGGAGAAGUGGUGCGAAUGAUACAGAACUGCGGGUCAUAUGUGGGGCUCACUCUGCUCGGCAUGAAGACACCGCCCGCGCAGAACAUGGCCGCCAAAGCCAUUCAGAUCACUGCACCCCAACCCCCGUCCGAGAGCACCCAACAGGCCUACGACGAGACCAAAGUGGAGAUCAUAAAGGAGGCGAUCCGUCGUCAGAAGGAGUACUUGGAGAAGGCGACGGCCAAACUGCAAAGGGAUCCCAAGGACACGAAGAGCCAACUGGAGAUCGACAAGACGAAGACGAGUAUCAUUAAGCUGGAGAAGGAGAUCGAGAAAAUGACUUUCGAUGCGAGCCGACAGCGGCACACGUCGAUGAGCGCCGAGAACCUGACGACCGGCGCGUCCAACGACCCCACGCUCGCCGCCGCCAACUCUAACGCGAAGAAAUCGCAUUCGUUUGGUCAGUACGACACGAGAGCACCCAUUAUGAACAUGGAGUCCGACGAUGAGAACGACGACUACACCAAUAAUAAUAACAAUAACGGCAGUAAUAAUCGACGGAACAGUAGUUUAGUGGCCAAUUCCAAGACUCAUUACCCGGAUGUGAACGAUAUCCCCAAGAGUGUGGAGCAACUGCACGGACAUAGCCUGCAAAUGACGCGUUUCCUUCUGACCCAAGACCUCAAACCGCACGCAUUGCUCUUCCAUACGAUGGCCGGACAUGUAUUCCCAUUAGUGGCGCAGUCGUCGCACGCGAGUCGGAAGUCAGUGCAGCGGCUGGCCUGGCAGAUAGCCUGCACGUGGCUCAUGAACGACUCGCCCCUUACGUUCGCCGACUUUCCCGCCGACUCUUUGGACAAAUUUGCCACAACUCUCGAGUCGAGUCACACAUCGCUGGACACACUAUUCGAGCCGUUCUUCGAACUAACCCGUGAUAUACUGACAGAACAGUUAGAGUCGUGGCGUCAGGCGGUGACCAUAGGUCUGGCGCCGCCCACGAUGGCCACCGCCAAAGAGGAACUCCACGCGACCAUCGAUUUGGUGCUGAACGAGUCGACGGCCAUCCGUGAUCUGGAACAGGCGGUCGACGCCUUCAUUGCCCGCGCGAACGUCAACAACGCGUCCACUCUGGCGGUGGUGACGGGACUCCUAACCAUCGGUCACUUUGUGUUCGCCUGUCCGUCGAAACAUCUGCUGUUAUCGCAAACCAACUCAAAGACAUCACAACCAGUAAAUCCGGUGCUGAAGUUGUCUAUAGAUCACCACUCGAUGUCUAAGAAGCAGCACAAGAGAGCGAUCUCUUUGCAGAAUCGGAACCAAAUCCCCGGUUAUGUGGAAGCGGGCCAUCACUUCAACGCAACGCACGAGUUAACGAAACCGAUCUACUGUUCCGGGUGUUUGUGUCCCAUUUGGGGCACAUUUGGCUUGACGUGCGCUCACUGCCAGAUGUCUGUCCACAACUGGUGUAUGAAGAGCGCCGCGUCGAACAACCCGUGUCCCGGCCCGCAGUCAGACAACCAAUCAAACGAAACGACACCAUCGUUGAGACCGGGGAAGAAGAGUCGGCGCUGGAAUUCAGACAGAUAUACGAUACUCGAUAUGAUCAAGAAGACGGUUGCGCCCAACCAUCCCGAAUACAACACUCCGCCACUCAUCUCCUCGUCCACCUCUUCCUCUGACGACGAGGACGACGACGUCACAACUGGAGUCACAUCACAGACAUUGUCAGCCACUGGUGACACUCAGGCAUCACACAAGUCCACGACACCGACGCCUCCACACACUAUAUCUCGUAGCGAAUCGUUUAAACAACGGCCUAACGCACAGCACGCGAUCGCAAUAAACAAUAUGCCUUUCCAUUACUUAUGCCUUUCCAAUAUGCCUUUCCAUUACUUCCAUUACCCGCUGACAACCCAUUUGUUAUCACGCAAAACCCAACCGUCAUAUCGGAAGCGCAGUGACCCGGCGCUCACCACAUCCCAUACAACUCUGGCCAACAACACACUCACCCACGACUUGAACUCCACUCCAGAAAUCUCUGGAUCGCCGACCUCGACAUCGCCCGGCAAUUGGCAGAUAUCGUCGUCCGAGGACGAGGACGACCCCAGUCAGGCCGAUGCCCAUCAACAGCACACGGGCGCCACCGGUACGCCCACCGGUUCAGUCACACCACAGCACACCAUCGACGAGGACACACCGCCCCCAUUGCCACCGCGACCCCCGUCCGAGAAACGGAGACAAAUUCGCAACGAAAUCAUUGAGUCGGAGGAGCGGCACGUGGAGGUCCUUAAGUUCAUUCACCACGUCUUCUACAAACCGCUCCAAAAGGACGGCUUAUUAACGGCGGAACAGUUGUCGGCCGUCUUCUCGAACACGAAGAAGUUGAUGAAAAUCCACAAUAAAAUCUACAAAACGCUUAAAGCGAUCAAUAAGUCAUUCGAGCAAUCAGUUUGUGAUAUAUUUUGCGGUCCAUUGGGCUCACAGUUGGAGGACGAGGCGAGCGUUUUCUGCACCCGACACAAGUUGAACGGUUUGGACACAUGGAGGGCGCGCAAGAAGGACUCGCGACUCAAGAACUUUCUCGACCCCGAGCUCCGCAUGAAAGGCAUUCCCGACUGUCCGCUCGCCAGACUCUCGCUCGAAGACCAUUUGGCGUCCGUUUUUCAGAGACCACUGCGAUAUCAACUACUACUCGAUCGACUACUUCAGGCGACGCCAUCCGAUUCCAUAGAGUAUCAGCUCAUCGCCCGAGCGCUGGCCCGGAGUCGAGAGAUUGGCUCCAAAGUGAACGAAGAGACGCGAAGGGCUGAGUCUCGGCAACGGCUCAGUGAUAUUAAACGCAAGACAGACAUCGCACAGAACCUGACCCUCGACUUCACCGAUCAGAACCUCGUACACGAGGGGCCCCUGACCUGGAGGAUCACCAAACAGAAGUGGGUCGACGUCUGGCUAAUACUGACGGAUAAGAUUCUAGUGAUCCUAACGCGCGACUCGAGCGAUAAGUUUACGCUUAAGUAUCACACGAACCCCUCGCAGAAGACUAAUUCGAUGAACAAUAAGACACAGUACUCGCCGAUUGUCUUAUUGCACGACCUCUUCACGCGAGACGUGGCCACAGAUCCGACCGCUUUCUUCCUCAUAUCCACCGAUCAGGACGUGUUCUACGAGUUCGCGGCCGCGACUCCUAAGGACAAGAAGCAGUGGCAGGAGUCCAUCCACAGCACUACCUUCAGUGCCAACAAAACCACUCAACACGUCAUCAAACUUAAGGACCUCACGUCUCAGCCCAGCGCUGACGAGGAGGUUAAACCCAAAGAUGACGAGUUAGUGACCGCCGACAGACCAGAGCUCGCCGACGAGUCCAACACCAGUGCUCUCAGUGAUGACCAAAACAAUAAUAACAGCAGUAAUACAACCCCCGAAGAGCCGCCCAAAGAGGACGCGACUGAACCGCAAGCAACACAACCGCCGAAUCAGUCGAAAGUGGAGGGAAUCAUACGAUAUGUGCGCGAAGACGAGUGCAAACCAGUCCUCAUACCUCCCACUCGAGUCACGAUAUCCACGGAACCCAAUGUGUCGGAAGCGCUGGCCGUCCACUCACCCGAACAUCGCAUCAAAGAAAUCGACGAAAGCGUUAGACAUCUGUUGAAUGAGAAGAGAAAUAUUUUGGCGAAAAUGAGAGGUAUUAAAGAUCAAUACGAGUGGACUGUUGUCAGCGAUUUGGGAGAACACGACGACGUGUCCAGUGCUGCACGAGAGGUGACAUUCUUCGACACUGCAAUGUCUUUAGUGUCAUCCCUGGGCACGGGUGGCUUAACCACCGAUUCGUACGCACCAUUAGUGAGCCUUCGCGACCAAAUCGAUGUCCUUCUGCAGCGCAUAGCUCUCUCGCAAAUAGAGAGCGCGCGGGCCGUUCCCGACAGCGACUCCGCCGCGUAUUUGGGCGCCAAUGAGAGCACCGACGAGACGGCCGUUUACUUUUAGACAUCACACAAAUGUAGUCCACUUUAUAUAUCUGUAAAUAAAUUUAUUUUAUUUGUUGUUAUAAUAAUUAAACAAAUUUUUCCCAUUCAUUAAAUUAAAUCAAAUAAAUGCAAUGAAAUGUUUAUUUGUUCACAAAA